AUGGUUGAGGCUCUUAGGGAGUCAAUGGACAUUCUUAGAGCUGAGCAAGCUGCUAGAACUAUUAAAGGGGAGACUGGAGCGGAUGAAUGGCUUGAGCAAAUCACUAAAUCUUUCGAGAUUUUAGAUAUUUGGGUCGGUGAACUCUGGGUGGUGCUUGCUAGUUAUCAAUUAAAGGGAGAUGCCGACCAAUGGUGGAAAUAUGCCAAGGGUCAAAUUGAACAUACUUGGGAAGAGUUUUCUCAUGCUUUUCAGGAAAAAUACCUUUCUCCCACUACGAGGGAACGUUUGUGGAGAGAGUUUGAGGAGCUUGAACAAUUUGAUUCCACAGUGGCGGAGUUUGAGGCUACUUUUAAGAGCCUAUCUCAUUUUGCACCCGACUUGGUAGCUAUGAAAGUGCGUAGGUGUCUAGAGUUUGAGAAGAGACUGAGGCCAAAAAUCUUGAUGAGUGUGAUGGGCAACAUGAAUUGGGAUUAUGAAAGGUUGGUGGAGUUCGUGGCACAUAUUAAGAUCAUGCUUGAAGGUGAGGAGAAGAGGCGACAGCUUAAGAGACAAGGGUUUACUAAAUCUCGAGGGGGUUCUAUGGUAUCCAAAAAGUCAAAGAGUUCUACGUCCUCUCAUCUACCGUCGUUAUCGGAUGUGUCAGCAAAUUCUCUAUCAGAAAAGAGUAUGGAUAGUACGGGACAAAGUGGGAUCACUUGUUAUCGAUGUAGUAAGCAAGGUCACAAGUCCAAUACAUGUCCACGGAGGGGUAACCAACAACCUCAUCCUUCUAUUCAUCUUAAGAAUCAGACCUUCGGUGGAGGUCAAUCGCCCCGUUUGUUAUCAAUGCUGCCAGUCGGGUCAUAUGAAGAAGUUUUGUCCCUAAAUUCCUGGAACAGCUAA